GAGCGGCAGGCGGCAGUGCCCAGCAGCCCAGCGGAGCCACCGGAGCCACAGAGCGUCACAGAGCCGCACGAGGCGCGCACCGCACUCAACAGUCUCGUCUCGCGUCGUUCAGGUCCGUCAGUGUGUAGCCGCAGCCCGUGCAGCCAUGGCGUCAACUUAUCCCUUGGCGUCGACUUAUCCCUUGGCGUCGACUUAUCCCUUGGCGUCGACUUAUCCCUUGGCGUCAACUCUUCCCUCGGCGUCAACUUAUCCCUUGGCGUCAACCCUUCCCUCGGCGUCAACUUAUCCCUUGGCGUCAACCCUUCCCUCGGCUUCAACUCUUCCCUCGGCUUCAACUCUUCCCUCGGCUUCAACCCUUCCCUCGGCGUCAACCCUUCCCUCGGCCUCAACCGAUCCCUCGGCUGCAAGUAUUGCACAUUUGUUGAAUCUUUGUGCUUCGAGGCCUUCGAGGCUGGAUUCGACUCGUCCCCCGGCUGCUUCACGUUGUCCACCGGCUGCUUCAACCUUUCCGCCGGCUCCUUCAACUAGGGCCCCGGCUUCAACUCAUCCACCGGCCGCAACCCGUCCGCGGGCGGUCCCGGGCAGCUCAAGAGGAAACACAGGUUACUCAGCCCAUAAUGCCGGUGCGGGUGACGACACUGACGACGACUACGACGAAUACAACCACGACCGUGCCGCGUUGGACUUGGUCGUCGUGUUGGAGGAGGAGAAGAUGCAGACGCGCUUCCUCGAAGAGAUUCAAGACCUGCGCAUGGAGCGCCUCCUCUCCUUGCAGGCUAUGGAGUUCUUAUUUUUCGGGAAGAAGUAUGAUCUGGUUGAUCAGCAUCUCUACGAUGGAAACAUUAGUGCGCAAGAGGCCUGUAAUGAGUUCUCCGACCAAAAGGGUAUCUACUGGCCUAACGAAUGCCCCGCUCUGUUUAAGAAUGGCGACUGGCAUCGUAUAGAAGCCAUGAUGUGCGCUAGGGACGCUACGGGCAAUGUGCCUGUGCGAGACUUGCGUGAGGAUGGCCCGCCCAGAGUUCCAGGAUUCAGGCUUUGCUCUAUGCACAAAAGAGCACGAGCACGUAGACCCAAGUGCACUCAUACCGGAUGGCAUGAGAAAUCUUCUGGAUAAGCUGUCCCCCUUUAAUGUGACCCUGAGCAAUUUUGUGUCCCUUCCAGAUAUGUUUCAUUGAUUUUACCUGUAGUCUUUUAUGCGCCUGUGAUUCUAGUUGUUUUAAUUGUAACAUGAAAUUAUUACAUUGUUUCCGAGUACCAAUUCACGGAUGCUUGAGCCUUUUCAUCUCAUAUCUUGAUCUCGUAGAAACUAAUGAUGUAACUUUAUAAUCUUAGCAAAGUAAAGCUCUUUUACGAUUUAAUAAAUCAA